AUGAAGUCAUCAUCGAUUAAUAUCCUUCUUCUAGUAGCAAUCCUCUUUUGCAGUGAGGUGAGCUCCCAAAGUAUGUUGCAACACUUUGCUCGUGCUCUUCGAGGAAAGCACGGUCAUCAUGGUCAUCAUCAUGGAGAAAACUUUAAGAACAAGCAUCAUCAUCAACAUCAUCAUGGAAAAGACCAUGAACACAAACAUGACGAAGAUAUGAUGAUGAUGAUGCAUCAAGAUCACCAACACCAUGGUGGUAAAGGUGACAUUAUGGGAGCUUCUCCUCCCACUAGUAGUACUUCCAACCUUCGUGGUGGUGCUGGGCGAUCCUCUUGGUGGGCAUCCUCCUCGUCUUCUAGCUCGAGCAGUUCAUCCUCUUCUUCUUCUUCUUCAUCAUCAUCUUCCAGCAGCAGCAGCAGCAGCCAAUCAUCUCCUAGCAGUGAUGAAGAAGAAGAAGAAGAAGUCUCCACAACUUCUGGCAGUAACAGUAGCAGUGAUGACAAUGGUGAAGGCAUCAAUGUUGUCCAAGAAGAGAUUCCUUCUCUCAAUGAAGGAGAAGAAGAGGAAGAUAACCAUGAGAUUGACGUGGUAGAUACCGAAGAAGGCGAGGAUUCUCAAGAAGAAAUAGAAGAAGAAGCGGUCACAAUGCAAGAGGACGAUGCUGUGGGAUCCAUUGUGGAGGAGGGUGUUGAAAUCAUGGAAGAAACUCUGGAAGAAGUCAUGGAAGACUUGGACGAAGUGAUUGAAGAAACUAGAACCGAAUCCAUCGAAGACGAAGACGAAGAAGAAAAGCAGGCAAAUCAAGGCAUGGACGACUACGUGUACGCGGAACCGGUAUUGGUGCGUGAGGACAAAGAAACCAACAACAUGGUGGAGGUGGAUCAAAAACGCAUUUUCGCCAAAUUUCUUGGUAUCCCCUAA